AUGGCAUCCCAUCCGGUGGACCGAUAUGGCCCCAAGCUUGUCGAAAAGACCGGCAAGUUGCAAAACCGAAUGAGCCUGGGACCUGACCCCUCGAAACCCGCCGGAGGUUACGAUGCAACUCCGCUUCCGCAGGCUCCGUCAGGAUACACUGUCAAGUUCACCUUUCACCGCGGCGAUGGCCUGCCUAUGGCGGACUUUGCAAGCUUCUCUUCAGACCCGUACGUCUAUGCGCAGCUCCUAGUUGACUUGCCUCCUCGCCACAAGCAGGACCCUCUUGUAAGCUUUCGCACUCCUACUGUGCGCAAGGAUUUGAAUCCGGUGUGGAACAGCGACUGGGUCGUUGCAAACGUGCCGGCCUCGGGCUUUACGCUCAAAGCAUACGUGUACGACGAGGACCCUGCCGACCAUGACGAUAAGCUGGGAAUCGCAUUCAUCGAGGUUCCACAUCUGUCGGAGGAUUGGCCGGGAUUUAAGGAGAAGUCGUUCAAUAUCAAGAAGCGUUUUGGUAGUAAGCGCGUCUAUGUCUUCACCAACGUCUCCGCGUUUGCCACGGGUCAUCAUCAGGAGUCUUUCUUGAUCAUGAGCAUUGAGGUCCUCGGCAAGACAGCUGGAGACAACGGGGGCCAGAUGUAUACUGUUGGUCCGCUUCACUGGUUCAAGCAUUUCUCGCCUCUUAUCGGGCGACUCACGGGUACGAAAGAUCAAGUUCAAAGUGAGGGAGGGAGCGGCAAGGCUCUUAGCCGAUACAAGUAUGUUGCGCCGCGUCAAAACAUCUUCCAAGCCAUUCGAAUCCAGCUCAUGGGGCCCGUCCCUUGUGAGCUCUAUCAUCGAUAUGUCGAGUUCAAGCCAUUUGUGGCAGGCAUGUUUCAAGCGCAGAGCCUCAGGGGUCGAAUCCUGCACAAGGCGCUACACCACCAACACCAACGGAUCUAUAAUUUCGAUCGCAGUACUCUCAAUGGGUCUUUCCCACAUCCUUGCCGGGAAUUUUCGAAGAAGUUCCUCGAGUUUGCCCACUAUGGGCAGGGCGGUCGAAUUUUCACCUACGUGCUGACGCUGGAUGGCCAGCUUCGUUUUACUGAAACGGGCAAGGAAUUUGGCAUUGACAUGCUGAGCAAACACACGAUGCAUAGUGAUGUAUCAAUCUAUAUUGCCUAUUCGGGUGAAUUCUUCUUGCGGCAGCGCAAGCAUCGUCGCUCGCGCCGUUCUCUCACAUCGCGUCCACCGUCCAAUACUGAACACGCAGAGAAUAAUUUCCCCGUGGAAGAAGGUGACGAGGCCGAAGAAGAAAUCCAGGAGGUUUCACCAGAACCGUCUGAUUAUGAGCUGUUCAUCGACAACGACAGCGGGACCUACCGCCCCAACGCUGAGAAAUUGCCGCUUUUGAGGGAGUUCCUCGCUUUGAACUUUCCAGGUCUUCAUAUCACCACUUUGGACUGCCAGGCGGAUGCUGAGCGAAUGGGCCAGAUGAAGGAGGAGCAGCGAAACAUCAAGAAAGAGCAGGGACACCUCGUCACGUACCUCCAGCAGAGCAGUGCUUCCUCUCUCUCAAUCUCCAGCUCGGACGAGGAAGAACUCAAUGAGCGUAGCGGCGAGACUAAGGAACGAGGAGACAUGACCCAAAAAAAUCCACGAGAUGCGUGA